UAUAAGUAUUUUUUAUUUCUCAUUUAGCAAACCAGGGAGACCGAGAAUACCAUUGGAAAAAACAUAUGCAAUUGAAGGCGUCUACAGUAAUGCAAGGUUCAUGCAUGCUGCUGCUUCAUUAGUGGGAUGUCUAGUUCAAGUUCAAGUUAAAAAUGGAAUGUGUUAUGAAGGAGUGUUUAGAACAUUUUCCAAUCAACUGGAUUUCGUCUUGGAGAUGGUUCAGAAAAUAGAGAAAAAAAAUAUAUCUGCAACAGAUGCUAAUCCUUCAGUCACUAAUUUAUUGACAUCAAUGAAUUCUCCUGAUUCUGUUACUGAAAAGUUGAUAUUUAAACUAAAAGACAUUGUGAUACUCUCUGCUACAAAUUUGGAUCUUGACUAUGCAAAUAAAGAUAAUUUCACUGAUUCAGCUAUAAGUAAAUUCAAUGGUCAAGUAAUUGAGAAAGAGUUAGAACCUUGGGAUGAAUCAUGUGAUGAUCAAGAUGGAAUGAAAACAUUAGAAGGAGAAGUAGAUGAAGCUAAUGGAUGGGAUGCCAAUGAUAUGUUUCGGACAAAUGCUGAAAAAUAUGGUGUAACAUCUUCAUACGAUAGUACGCUUCAAGGCUAUACCGUUCCAUUAGAACAAAAAAAUACUGAAGAAUACAAAAGGCAAGAGGCAGAAGCAUUAAAGCUUGCUCAAGAAAUAGAGAGUAGUUAUACUUAUCGUAAUCGCAUCAUGCUAGAAAAUGGUGAUGAAGAAGAACGUUAUAGUGCUGUUAUUAGGCCUGAAAACAGUAAUAAUACUACAAAUAACAAUAACAAUAAUAAUAAUACCAACAAUAACAAUAAUUCAGGAAGUACAAGAUAUGGACCACCAAUGCGACGGAAAAAUAUGCAGAGUUCAAAAAUAAUUCGAAAUUCUCCUCAAGUUACCACGCAUCCAGCAACAAGUAGAUCUCAUACUUCAGUUGAAAAUCAGCAUAAUUCCAAUGCACCUUUUCAUAGUCAUUAUAAAUCUAGUUCAUCUACAAAUUCUGCAUCCAUUCCAUCAACAACCUGUACUACUAAUUCGGCUUCUAAAUCUCCAACUAUUCCAACAAAUCACUCUCAGCAGUACACUCCAAGUCGUAGCCAGCUUGAUACACAGCAGUCAGAAGUUAUAGAGCAUAAAGUUAAUGGAGUGUCUGAGAAGGAGGAGCAGAAAUCAUAUAUACCUGAGAAAACUCAGACAAUUGUAAAAGAUAUUUCAUCAAACACUAGUUCUUCCAUAGCUGUGAACAAACAGAUAGACAAGAAAAAAGAAAUUGAAAAGAAAGGAACCAACCAAAAAGAUAAAUACUCUGAAUAAAGAAAAUGAUUAAAAUCCUCAAUUAAUGCAUUCCAGACUAAUAGGAUAUCAUUAACUUAGUGCAUGUAAAGGAAUUUUAAAUAUAUGGUUAGCAAAUGAUGGAAUAAUUUAAACUUGCGUUAACGUGAGGAUAUCUACAAAAAGUGUGGAUAAUGGUGAGUCCAUUGAUACACUCCUUAUAUUUAUAUAUUGUAUUGUUUUAGAUGAAAUAACUGUUGUUGCAUUUGAGUCUUAAAAAUUCCAUGAUUGCUAAAAUGCUGGACAUUGAUGAAAUAAAAUUGUUUAUCUGGCAAGAAGUAAAGGAUAUGAUGUAGUAAUAUCUAAUUUUAGAAAAUGAAAUUGAUGAGUAAUAGCAUUUUGUCUAACAAAUUAAAUACUACAACAUUUAAAUCCACUUAUAAUGACUAUAGAAUUUUGUCGAUACCCAGAUGACUGAAUUUGUUCAUUAGUUUUCCUUUUAAGUAUACAAAAGUGAUAGUUUUGCUUACUAAAGAUU